AUGUCUGCUGUCGAAUACAACAGUUUACUCUUCGAAAUAAGCCAGAGGCUAGACGACCUGAAUUUAGGCAAGAAGUUAUUAGUUUUGUGCAGACAAAAGGUGGCGCCCCGCAACGAAGAAAAUAUGCUGCAGGAUGUCCAUGUCUUCUCGUUGUUUGAAGAAUUGGAGCAGAAUGGCUUUCUUGGCCCUGACAAGUUGACAACUUUGAAAGAUCUGUUAAGGGCCUUGAAAGAAUGGUCUCUUUUCGGACAUGUUAAGACAUUUGAGAUUAAACGAAAAGAAUAUAACAGCUUGCUGGAGAGAAUCAUUCUUGAUCUCGACCAACGCGAUUGUCUCGAACAACUUGUCGCCAUUUGCCGUGAUAGGAUACCGGAAGAGAGACAUGGCAGCAUACAAGAUGUUAGAUCACUUUUCAAGGAACUAGAAAUCAAUGACUCUUUAGGGAUUGACCAGCUGGAGGUCCUGAAGGAGAUUUUGACUCAAAAGGUAAAAACCGAUCUACUUCAGGAGGUGGUGGAGCUUGAAGAAAGAAGAAAUCAAGAGGAUGAAUUUGAAUGGCGAAAAGGUACUAUACAGAUUUCCUCUCUAAGACCCUUUCAUCUAGUGGGUCUUUCCCUAUGGCCCUUUAUAAUGAUUUUUGGUCGAUUGUAAUAUAUAUAUAUAUGUUUUGCUUUUCCUUUCUAUACCUUUUCUAGGGCCAUUCUCGUUCUCAAAUGAAUGUAAACUGACUGAAUAAUCACGGUUGUUUCAUUUCAGCACAAGCAGCUGCGAUUGCGUUGUCGGCUAGCAGAAAUUUACCGGGAGGUAAGUUUUGACACCUAACGGGGCUAAGCUACUUCCCAUUAGAAACAGCAUGGAUCUGUUAACUCUAAAUUUGUGAAGUCAAGAUAAAAAUAACUCUAAAAAUUAAUAUAAAGGAAACAUAUUAGCCCAUGGACGUAUAACGAGUCAAUCGAGUCACGCAGCAUUGACUAAGUAUUAUAAUUAUGGUUUUUGUUUUACAAAGGAGACGCCGCGCAAAGAAAAUCUUGAUAUAAAAUUUUAAUUCGCGAUGUCUUUUCUCAUGUUAUCAUACUCUCUGGAGGACCCUGUUUCCUCAAGUGAAAGAGGGCUAGACUCAUUCAUACUUGGUCCCUUAGAUCGCAGACAAUUGCGAAGUGUAAUGCAAGAGUUCUUUUCUUUUCAUUAAAUUUUAAUAAUGGAACGUGAUUAGAAGUAGGUAUAUAUUUAUGUGUCACUGAUCAUUAUUAGCAGAGCUCUCGAGCGCUAAGCGCGCGCAGCGGAGCACCAUGCAUAAGAAAACGUGGAAAACUACCCAUCCGAGAAAAUUUGGUAAUCACGUGACCGUACACCGACCGACUGCCCGACCGUCGGCAGCACAGGCAUACCAAUGUAAAAUAACUCAAUCAACAGGUAUGGCAACCCAAAUGCUACUCGAGGUUAUUUUGACAGGAAAUCGCACAGCCACCCGCGUCUUGUAAAGCAGAAAUAACUAAAGAGUCAAUGAAAAGAAAAAUGGAAAGCGGAAAUUGUAUCUGUAUCCGUGUUUUCUAAAGUAUUAAGCUUAGAUUAAUUGUCAUGUCCACAAAUUUGGAAUAUAGAGCAAGAGAAACACAGAGAAAAAGAGAAAGUAGGCGGCAGACCAGCGAAGCUCAACGAGGAAAAGGGCGACAGAGAUUUAGAACGAGAGAUAAAAAACAAAGGAGACAUUUUUUUUUGUUGGAAGAACAACAUGAAAAUUUUGUAACGGCGGUGACAAAAUGAGAAAUGCUAGCGGCCACUAAUGCAAGGUGAAAAUGAGCGGCAGUGAAAAAAAACGUGUAACUAAGGGCCUGUUUACAUGGAGUGGGGGACCCCGGUCUAGUGGGGUUGGUUUCUUUUGUUUUCACGCUCUGGGGGACACAAAACAAAAGAAACUUACCCCACUAGACCGGGGUCCCCCACUCCAUGUAAACAUGGUCUAAGGGCCUGUUUACAUGGAGGUGGGGGACCCCAGGUAGGUGAGGUAACCCGCUUAGGUGAGGUAAAAAAAUAACCCGCCUUUACAUGCAAUCUUACAACCCCGCCUUCCCGGGGUGCACUUUCUCAAGAUUAUUGAAUGGUCGCUAAGCACGUAAACAAGAAAAAUGCUGGCAAACCACGAGUUUUGGCGAUUAAUGCACUUUUUCACUCACUUGUUGCUCUUGCUGCAACCCGUCAGUGCAAUAGCUUUCUAUUGUUAACUUUAAUCAUAAUGCAAAGACACCACGAAAGUGAAUUUUGCGCGAAUUUGAUGUAUCACGAAUCCGACCCCGGCCAGGCGGGUUACUCCACCUUGUAACGUUUACAUGACAAAUUGUGACCCCGGCUGAGAGGGUAACCCGGUCUGGUAGACCAGGCUACCCGCCUUGGCGGGUCACCCCACCUAUCAUGUAAACGUGAUCAAAUGAAAAUGAGAGAUUAUAUGGACAGGCGGGUUACCCCACCUAAGCGGGUUACCUCACCUACCUGGGGUCCCCCACCUCCAUGUAAACAGGCCCUAAGAAGUUUCUGGGAGUAUCACGUUGUAGUCGUGCAAAACAAUGGCAAAGAAAUGUACAAAAAAGUGUGCUGCACGUGCAAAGUUGCUUUUUUGCUAAUUAGACCUAUUAUUGUUUUUCACUGUUCUCCGGUGUUGCCUUCGCCGCUUAGCAUUACAUGAUUUUAUAUUUUGUUUGAACAAACUGUAAAUAUUAUCGAGAGCUUCGCUUUUAGCUCUGGCUAAAUCUAUAUAUUAUUUUGUUUGAACAAACUACAAAUAUUAUCGAGAGCUUCGCUUUUAGCCCUGGCUAAAUCUAUAUAUUAUUAUCAUUAGCAAUUGCGGUAUGAGCUUUAGCAUAAUCUGAAAUGAACAGUCUUCAGCGCUGUUUUAUUCAUCAGAUCAUGCGAAAGCCGAAUCCAACAAUUGUUUUAUUAUUCAAUCAAAAUAGUAUCAUCUUACAAUUGAAGCCCGUCUUAGUUCAUUUGCAGACGAUCCUGUUCCUCCUCAAAUUCAGCACAGUAAAGGAUAAUGUUUAGUCUAGUAGCUAAUCUUCAUAUAUUAGUUGCCAUCCGUCAAGUUGUAUUUUGCUCUUUUCGUUAUCUUUUUAAGUAGAAGCUCGGUUAUUUUAAAAGGUUUAGAGGUUUGUCUAUAGUGGAAAGUGCACUUAGCUUAUAAUGCAAACAGUUUACCGUAGCACUCCACUCAAAUACUUAGAAACAAAUAAUUCAAAUACAACAUAAACAGGAUCAAAAACCCCAACUGCCAGGAGGCAACCAGUUGGCCGAGGAUUUGAACGCGGGACGACCGAGAACAAAUAGAGCGCGUGGGACUCGAACCCGGGACCGCCGGAUUGCGAGUCCGACGCGCUGAUCACCCGGCCACGCUGCCUCCUCUACUUUAACCUCGUCCAGAUGGUUUCCUCGGUUAUCGUCCAUUUUUCUGUCUUUAUCCUGUCCUUUCGACGUCAUUGGCACUGAAUUUUACCAACGUGUUCCAAAUUUGGUCAACCCUAGCCGAUUAUGAAAAAUUAUGAAAUAUUUGUACGUUUGUGAUUGGCUCAAAUCCUACGGGCUUCAUAAUCUGCUAGCCUUGACCGAAUCCGGAAAAAGUGUGCAUAUAAUUUGAAACAGAGAGUGUUAUGUAAACCGCAGAGGCCUAGCACCCGCAACGACUAGGAUCUGCAUACCGUAAUUCUUUAAACCCUACCCGGCCUCGUUCAUUAAUUGGUAAUCACCAUUAUUAUUAUGCCAUUAAUGUUACCCGCAGUUAGAAACCAGCAACUUGUUUUUUUAUUAUUAUUCCUUGUUCCAGAACAAUCUUUCAUGACUAUCAGACUCCAGUCUCUUUGUCAAACCUGUUAUUACCGUAAACCAAGUCCACAUUGUGAUUUUCAUAGCGGUUAUCUUUGCUGAUACUUCAUCGGCUUGAAUUUGAUUUUAAUUGUGCAUUCUUUGAUUUUCAGUCCUGAACAUAAAAACAUUUUUCAAAGUGGCUGCAGGGGGUGUAUUUAUAGCUUCUGCCUAUCAGCUGUUGAGGCGUGGCUGUACAUAUGAUCAGUUGGUAACUGCUGUUAGUACCUGCGUUCUUCCAGCUGGCGUUAACCUGAUACACAUAGCUGAGGGGAGCGUUAUUCUAAAAGUUCAAGCUGAAGACAUUUUAGCUCUUGACACCUUGUGGAGUUCAUACACUGACGGAACGCUUAGAAAAUCCCUCCAAGCCUUAUUUAUCACAGACGAAAUGAGAGAACUUGCUGAUGGAGAGCAGUUAGAAGUUUCUGUUACCAUUGAGCAAGAAGAAUAUGAGAAAGCACGUAAAGAGUUAAUCAAUGAAGCAGAAGGUGAAUUGAUUUCAUACAUGUUUUUUCUCUGCAGUUUCAAUAUGCGGGUUGAUGCCAAUCUACCUAUUACUUUUUUUAAGUACAAAGUCGUAUUAAUAAUAUAAUCUUUUUUCCAUCUUAACAUUUAUUGCCGAGGGAAAUGCAAACGUGUAGGGAAUUUUUAUUACAAAUUUCAUAGAAUCGGCGGAUGGCUAGUCACUAGGCAAUGGUGACGUAUUGCUAAACUGCUUCAAGGUAGCAGUUAGGCUGAACAAUAUUAUUCGUUGUUUUUCUUUCUUUUGGCCUUUUUCGUGGAUUAUCUUAACUUUAAAGCUCCCCACCCCCUCCGGGUGCGGAUCUAAGAUAAAUACUGACCGUUUUCCUAAUCGAGCGUCGAAGGCGUAAGCUUUUAGUGCGGUCCGGGGUCACGCACCCCCGCGAAAUGUUUUUUGGAUUUUUACUCCUUAAAUUAACCUUUCCUGGCAGUUUCUGAGUUAUUCGGUCAGGAUAUUGGUCAGAUUUUAACUUGGAAAGUUUUUUCCAUGAAAAAUUUAUUUUUCUAUGAAAACUGUGACCCAUUUUCGUAAAACGGUGGAAACCGGUGUGGAUCCGCGCCUGCGCUCCCUCACCCUCAAAGCCCUAACAUGUUUCAACAUUCUCACUUUCACGUUAAUUAAAAGAUAGGGAUUUAAUAUUUAUAUCUGUAUUUUUGAUACCAUAUUUAUUUCAGAUGAACCUGAGGGUCAGGAAGAGAGGCAACUUCAUGACCUUGCUCAGGAAAAACUGUCCUACAUUACGAAUUACUUAGAGCAAACCAAGUAUACAGAUGUAUACAGUGUAUCUACAGACGACGACAGUGGAAAGCCAGGAUCGAGUAUCGCACCAUCUGAAUUUGGAUUUGAAGAAACCAGCGGUAUGACUGUGAAUUAGUCAAUAAGAAUUCCAAGCAUAACCAAGCCCCCCACACCUCCCCUCUGGUCAAUUGUCAAGUUGCGCGUUUCCACCGCAGGCUUUUGUCUUGAAGGAUCUGAUAAGGGAAAUUCCAUCGGGAUCAAUAGAUCGUUUUCACUUGACGUCAAAACAAUGGAACAGCGGCCAUGUUGGUGUACUGAGAAAAUCCCGUGAAGGUUGAACUCUUUCUAAUGAAAAACUUUAUUUCUUUUGUUCCAACAAAUUUGCACAGCUGCUGACCACGUAAGAGAGAACGAUCUAUAAGACAGUUUCGAUUUUUUAAAAUUAUACUUGGCUACGAGGCUGAGGGAUGAAAGAAAAGAAACCGCAUUGAAAUUCAGUGAUAAAUAAAAGAUUCUUUCGUUUUAUUCCACUUAGUCUCGUAGCCACGUGGGAAUUUUGAUAACAUUUAUGGUCUAGCUUAGCAAGCGCCUUAACAGAAAUAUACAAUGUAGCAGAGCUCAAGCAAAGAGCGUCCCUUAAAAGUUAGUAAGUGAAAUAUCAUCACUUUAUCCGUCCUUCCAUUAUUUUCUCAUAGUCUCCUGAAUGCAUACUCCUGAAAUCAAUUCAUACUGUUAGUGACCGAUACGUUCAAAUUGAUAUCUAUAUUUUUUAGGACACUGAAGUCAAUAGUUCUCAAUCAGAUUUCUUUUGUUUUUGUCAUGUAUUUGUAGAUUAUUCCACCUCCAAACUGUGCUUGAAAGAUUUAAGUAAGGAAGUGACUGAGGAAAUAACGUUCAGGCUUAAUAGGAACAAAGAUGUUCUAACCCAAUUUUACCGGUCUUUUGGGCUUCAUCCGGAUUUACUUUACGACGAGCUUGACUACCAGCCGAGGAACAUUCGACAUAUUUUCCCUGAUACCCCAGUCAAACUGCUGAAGGAAGUUUUUGAGGCGCUACAGCUGUAUCACUUUGCAGAGUUCUUAGAGAAAGCAACCAAACCACGGACACUUCGUCCUGCUCUUCCGCUGAAAGAGAUAGAAAAGUUAUCGAACGUCACUAACCGCCCAACAAAGGUUUACAGUAAAGCAGAGGUUUUAAUAAUCGAGUUCUGUGAAGGUCCUUCAACUGCCGCAAACAAUGAUCGAAAUGAUGCAGAAAGAGUUGGAUCAUUUUUUAAAGCCCUGAAUUCACAGAACGAAAUAACUACGUUGACCUCAAAUUCUUCGAAGAAAUUGUUUGCAGAGUUGGAAUACUUAGUGAGAGCCAAGGAACAAGAAGAAAAAGCUGACAGACUAACAGGGGAAUUGGAAAAGCGCCUAAAGACACUUCUCGAGGACAAAAUCCCAGAAAGUCAUAUGAAAGUACAGACUAGAAGAGGGAAAAAGUUAUUUAGCUUCGGUUCUUCGGCUGUGCAACGAGUAGAAGGAACAUGGUGGCCAGAGGGAAGUUUGGUCCCCAAGAAGGAUGCGAGAUUAUCGAGUGCGUUCUACGAAGAGGAGCCUGCGAUGAGAAAAAAACUGAAAGAGGUGGCAGAAAGCAGAAAAAAAUGGAAAAACGAAAGAAAGCCCUCGAUCGAGAAGCAGAUACAGGAGAAGGAGGAGGAACUAAAAAAUGAGACUGAGAAACUGGCAAUAGGUGUUUCAACCGUCAUCGACAAAUGGGCCGCAAAACUACACGCAAAUGAUCAAGGUUCGAUAUCAUACACCUCGUAAAACAACAAUAUAAACCCUUUGGGAGUUGCAACAACAACGGCUUAGCAACGGUCAAAAAUAUUUUAAGUACCGUUUAUUGCGCUUUUCAUUAACAUGCAAACUCCUAAGAGUUUACGUUUUUCGCUUCCUUCACCAAUCUAGCAGUCGUCUCAGGAGACAAGUUUUCUUCAGUGCCGGGUUCAAAAAGUCAUUCCUGGGGGUUGUGAUUGGUAGAUUUCAAUAAGCCUUUUUUUCGUUUCGUCGCAAUUGUGAUUGACGACAGCGAAAAACAUCCAUGAACCGUUAAAAAGUGAAGUAAGCAUCCAUCCACACACUGUUCCACAUUUGUUAAGAAGAAGUUGUAGCAUUUGUUUUAAGCCAACUAUGAACCUCGGAAUCUCACUUCUACUUCCUGGUACACUCUUAUGCACCCUGUGGCGCUGUGAUCCUUAUAAUUAAUUCAAGUAAAAACUCUCAAUUAAUAGAUCCCCUAGCCUGGGCAACAGACAGUUAACUCCGUCUGCGAAAAAAGGGCCGAAAUCCUUGUUCUGGGCCCCCACCCGUGUACUACGAUUAUGUACGCGCCAUGAUUGGCCUGUUAAAAAUGCCAUUGUCAAUUUGCCAAUCAGAUUGAAGGGAAAUUAGAAACGCCUUUCCGGCAAUUCAUUAAGUUCGUUGGGGGCCCAGAACAAGGACAUUGGCGCUGCUUCACAGACGUCACUAACCAGCAGAAUUGAAUUACGCCUGUGACGGAGGCUAUAGCUUCCCAUCUUCUUCAUCUUGCGGAAGGGAUUAAAAUUGGCAAUAUUACUGAAAAUAAUGUCCAAAACUCAUUAAAAUUUACUAUAGUUACGGUUCUUCUACUUCUAAUAUGUGAAUAAUAAUACACGUUCGUAGACAAAAAAUUUUUCUUUUGUAGGAAAGGAAUCGACCCUUUUUGUCGUCAUUAUUUACAACAGCCUGAGUUUGGACUGGCGAGUGAUCGAUGCACUACACCAGACGACUAUCAGCAUAAGCAGAUGUUUGAGUAAAAAGCUGGCGCUUGUUCCAGACACGAAGCUAGUGAUAACAAAUAAUGUGUGA